AUGACUCUUUUCGAGUGGUUUUGUGGCCUCCUUGGCGGGGUAUAUGCGCUUUCCCUGCUUCACAGACUUUUGAAACGCACGCGGGCUCCCUUUGUCACGCUCCACACUUCACCGAGAUCCGCUAGAUUGGCUCGGAACGCCGGAGAGUCAAAUCUCUCGCUCGGGGAACUCAUCGCGCAGCAGGUUCCAGAACUGACCACCGCCGCAAAGUUCGACAGAGCAUGGUGGCUGCCUGGCGGGCAUCUUCAAACAAUGUAUUCCUCUCUUGGGGAUUUCAGUAAGGUUGACACGGUUGUCUAUGAACGCAAAUAUCUCGAGCUCCCUGACGGGGGAAUUCUCGGACUGGACAUUACCCCGCCAUUGAGCGUUCAACCCAUCUCCGAGUCGGAAAAUGUGCUCCUCGUCGCUCACGGGCUCACCGGGGGCUCGCACGAAUCAUAUGUCCGAGCUGUGCUCGCGCGCAUUGCCCAGCCUGCACUGGGCGAUGCUCCUCCAUCGCGGCGCUUCCGGGCGGUAGUGCUCAACUUCCGCGGAUGCAACGGCAGCCCAGUCGUAACUCCGCGGCUAUACCACGCCGGCUCUUCGGACGACGUAAGGCAUGUGGUGCUCUGGAUAUGCCACACCUUUCCGUCGUGUUCGAUGUACGGGCUUGGGUUCUCCCUGGGGGCCAACAUCCUUACCAAAUACGCGGGAGAAGAGGGAGAAGGCUGUCCUCUGUCAGGUCUUGUGACGCUCGCGAAUCCCUGGGACUUCGUUUACGGCAGCCACUUUCUCCCGAGCACCCUCAUCGGAAGGCACGUUUAUCGCUGGGUCCUCGGAGGGGCACUUCGCAGAUUGCUUCAUUUGCACCGGCGAGCCUUCCUGGAUGCUCCGGAGCUGUCUGUCCCCCACUCGGUGCUCGAAGAUGUAUUCAACCGUCCGAGCAUCACGCUGGGGCAGUACGAUACCAUCGUGACCGCCCCGAUGUAUGGUUUUGAGGACGAACAACACUACUACAGGACCAUCAGCUCGAUCCGGGUCAUCCCCAACAUAAAGAUUCCUUGCUUGUCAAUCAACAGCCUGGACGAUCCAAUCACUGGAUCCGGUGGUCUUCCCAUCAAAGAGGCAAGUGAACCUCGUCGUACCGCUUCUCCCUCGACGCACUUUGACAUCAGUUCCUUCCCUUCCUACAUCCAGGCCGCGAACAGCCUGUACCUUGUUCUGGCCGUCACCAAUGGCGGCGGCCACCUUGGCUGGUUUGAGCAUGGGUGCGGCGGCCGUGGCGUUCGGCGAUGGUACGUCAAGCCGGUUGAGCAAUACCUCGCCGCUCUCGUCGGGUAUGGGCUCGCUCGCCGCCCCAAGCCGUGCGCUACAGUGCUGGGAGCCGAUUUUGCGCGACAGGAGGACCGCGCGGACGUUGGGUUUAGGGAGCUCAGUCGGGAGCAGUCCGAGCUUCUUGUCAGCGGGGCAGCCGAGUCCAAACUGUUCACGGGAUGGUGA